CGUUAUUUGGUGGGGUCUGGGCCUCGUGCGCCCCCUGUAGGAGCGGGCGGGCGGCCCCUUUUGUUUGGCGGGGUUGACGAGCUCCCACUUUUCCCUCAGAAACGGCGAUGGAGGCGCAGAGACUGCUCGAAGGCCCGAGGCUGUCGUCCGAGUACUUUCAGAAUUGGUACGGGAGCUCCGACCCGCUGCCGCCGCGUCUCCAGCAGGCCCAGUCAGCCACAGGGCCCGAUCCCGACAGUCUGGAGGAGGCCGCAGCCCCGCCGACAGAGGCCGGACAAGCAGCUCAAAAACGUAAAAGAGGAAGACCUCCAGGACAACAAAAAAAUAAGACUGAGAAAAAUAAGUCUGAGGGUGCAAGCACCAAACGAAGCAAAACCAAUGGGAACUCGGGAGGCAAGCAAGAAAAAAUCACUGAUGCUUUUAAAGUCACAAAAAGAAAAAUCGAUCGUUUCAAUGGAACAACCGAAGCUGAGCUUUUAACAAAAACCUUACCAGAUAUAUUGACCUAUGGUUUAGACAUUGUGAUUAUUGGAAUUAACCCAGGGUUGAUGGCAGCAUACAAAGGGCAUCAUUACCCUGGACCAGGAAAUCAUUUUUGGAAAUGCUUGUUUUUGUCUGGUCUUAUUGAUAAGCCUUUAAAUCAUCUGGAUGAUGCUUCUUUACCAGAAAAGUAUGGAAUAGGUUUCACAAACAUGGUAGAGAGAACUACUCCAGGAAGCAAGGACCUCAAAAGCAAAGAGAUUCGGGAAGGAGGAAAAAUACUUUUGCAAAAAUUACAGAAAUUUAAGCCACGAAUUGCUGUGUUUAAUGGGAAAUGCAUCUAUGAAAUUUUUAGCAAAGAAGUUUUUGGAGUUAAGGUGAAGAAAUUGGAGUUUGGGCAACAGCCGCACAAGAUCCCUGAAGGAGAAACGGUGGUCUAUGUCAUGCCUUCUUCAAGUGCAAGGUGUGCGCAGUUUCCUCGGGCCCAGGACAAGGUACAUUAUUAUAUCAAGCUAAAAGAACUACGAAAUCACUUGAAGGGCAUUAAAACUCCUACAGAGGUCACUGAAGUAGAAUACUCAUUUGACUUGCAAAAAGCUCAAGCGGAAGCCAAGAAAAUGGCAAUUAAAGAGGAAAUGUAUGACCCUGGAUAUGAAGCUGCUUAUGGUGGGUCAUACAUUGAAAAAUCCACUGAAAUCAAUGGGCAGUGCAGUUUUGCUACAACUGAACUAGGUGCAACCAACAAUUCCGAGUUCAACACUGAUUCAAUGUUUUGCCAAGUUCCUGAUGGCCAGUGGAUGACCCAAUCGUUUGCUGAUCAAAUUCCUUCAAUCAGCAAUUACUGCACAGAGUCUCAAGAAGAAAAUAGCACAUAAUGAAUUGACUGGUUUGCAUAACUUAAUGUUACUGCAGUUUUAAUGCAGUCUUAAAAGUACUGUGCCUCAGUUUUUGAACUGAAGAGGUUUUAUCUUUUUACCUAUUGUUAUCUAGAAUUAUAUGUAAUCUUAAUGAUGUAGUAAAGGUCAGAAAGCUGAAUUCUUAAACUUUGAGCAAAACUGCCCAAAAUAUUUAUAGAUCAAAUAAGAAACCAGAUAUGGUUUGUUUUGUUUUUAACUUAAUAUGAUCAGGUGCUCAUUUUAUUCCUGGAAUUAAUUUGGGGUUUCUAGCUAGUUCUCUUUGCUCAAGUGUUGCAAUUACAAGGCUAUUCAGCCAUCCUGAAAUUCCUUCUGUUACUGUUAGCAACAGGUUAGAAUAUUAUCAGUUUUGGUCAAAAUAAUGGUGGGAGUUCAACAGAAAUCUUGAUCACCAAUUAAACUGGAUUGAAACAGCGCUUUUUAAGAUCUUGCUUAUUUGAAGUUCUUGUAAUAUUUGCAUUUCUCUGGAUGUGUGCACAUCGGGUACUAUUAAUAGCAGUUUCAUUUUCAUGUCAGUUCAGGCCACCUUAAUCUUGGGUUUAUUUGACCAAAGGCGUGCUUUUUUGUUUGAAAAAAAGAAUCAUAUUAAUUAUGGGUCCAGGUGUCCAUUGGCUUAUGCAAAUUUAACAAUAAAAUCAGAGCAGUUUUAAUUUGUUAUUUUAAGUUUGUUUUGAAACGUUAGUAUUGGGGGCAUGUUGCUUCUCCUUUAGAAAAUUGAAACUCUUGAGCAAGAUGAAAUUUUUUUUUCAGACUCAGCCUUUUUCUCGUGUAUUUAAGGCUGAGAAGGUGCUAUAGAUUUGCAAAAAUAAUAAGUGUAACAAAUGAUGUUUUACAUUUGAAUGGAUGUUCUUUAAUACUUUAAUUUUUUAACUCCAAGUUGCUAAUUUAUUUCAUAUUUUAGCAAUAAAUUCUCCAUUUGGGUUUUUAUUAAUAUUGCUGAAUACACAUUAUAAUUCUUUCAUCUUUUGCACAAAUCCAUUUUGAAUUAUUAGGAGUAGACUAUAGUUUGUCAAGUUAACAGUAGUGCACAAGAAGAGCCAGAGGAUAAGUUCCCUGCUAAAUCAUUCAAUUUUGUUUUUUCAAAAAUUGGAGACUCAGCAACAGUACAGUUGCCUUCAGUUUGAGGUUAUAAUAUUUUUUCAAAUAUGAACUUAUUUUUAAAAAUGGCUUUCAACUGAAAAUUGACUGUACAUUAAAUGGACCAUUCUCAAUUCUGGCAUUUCAAAGCAAUUUUCCCUUCAAGCUAAACUUGCACCAUUUGGCAUGAUUCAAGUUUGAAAGAGAAAGCAACUGAAAUUCUUUGCUGUGCCCUUACACUUAAGCACUUAAGUCUAGAACAAUAUAACUCGACCUGUUUUUAACCCUAAUUCUGUCAAGAGAAAUCACAAGUGCAAGGGAAUUUAAACCCUGAUGAUAACUUACAAUGCAAGCUGUGUAAGGAUUGACAGAUUUAACAAGUGGUGAUGUGGCCAGUUAAUAGCAUCCUUGCACCAAAAUGAUGAGGGUCUUACUCCAAAAUUCGUGGUGUAGUCUUUCAGACUGAGCCACCUUUCUGCUCUGGCCAACUGCUAUCAGUGCCUCGUACGGGGUUCACUAGGCAUAAUGGUCAAGAAUAAGUAAGAAGACUGAAAAAAGCCAAAAUGGUUUCAUACAGAUUCUACCAGGUGGGCCAAGGGCAGCAGAGACAGCUUCCCAAAGAAACCUCUGGUGUUGGGCUUGCUUCUAAUUACCUCAUCAGACACCAUCCCCUCUCCCUCCGCUGCUUAGUCAUGAUCCCUGUCUUGCUUGCAUUACCCUCUUCCGCUGGUAUAAAGUAUUACCAAGUUAGACCAGAUCUCUGAACAGACUUGGGAAUAAAAAUAUCUCAGGUUUACACCUGCCAACCUGACAGUUAUUUUUCCUCCCUGUAUUAAAAUUCAGCUACUGCUUUUGAAGUAAAAGUUCACUUAACUGUGACAUUAUGUAAAUGCCUUAAAUGUUCAUUAAGGAAACUAUUGUAACUAAUCUGCAUGACUGUUUUCAACAAAGAAUUUGUAAUACUGUCUCUAGUGACUUAAAGCUGUUUUACAGGAAGUUUUAAAGUUACCUGUGUCAUAUUAUCUAGUUUGUAAAAUGUGCCUGUGGGAAUAUAUACAAGUAAAUGUACUCUGACUUGAAGUGAAUGGGCAGCUACUGGAAACUUUUAAAAAUGUUAACAUGAUACUGUUUACAACUUGUAAAUUUGGUGCUCAAUCCUCUUGCAAGAGAGUGAUAGUUUUGAAAUCUGGUGGAAAAAAAAUAAAAAUUACAAUGAA